CGACGCCAUUUUGAAAGCUUCUAGCUCCCCCUCUCCUUUUAUUUGGGUAAAAAAAACCCAUUCUAAAACCCCUUGUCUCGGGGUUUCAAUUUCAUAAACCCUUCCCUUCGGGUCGGGGCUCUGAUUAACAUCAAUGGCAGAGACUUGAGCCCUGUAUACGAGAUUAUGAGGAGAAAUGUCCAUGCCUUUUCUAUCAUAGCUUGGAGUUGGAGACUGUUCAGUUCUUCUUCCAACAGCAAUCUUGGAGGUAUUUCUCAGUGUUUCUCUCCAAGCCCACUUCCUCUUUCAUUACCCUUUUGUUGCAUUAGUAGCAAUUUUAGUGUUUUUUCGCCCCAUUUUUAUUCUCCAAGGACUAUUCAUUCUCACAAUCAGAGUCAUUAUAAAUCUGGUUUUGCUGACAAUGUUAAAACUCUUGAUGCUGCCUUGGAUUUGUACGAGCAGAUGGUGUUAACGAGCCCUCUGCCUUCCGUUAUUGAGUUUGACAAAUUGCUCGGUCGAGUCAUUAAGUUGGAGCAUUAUUCAGCUGCUAUUUUGAUGUACAAACAUAUGUGCUUCUUGGGUUUUAUUCCAGUUGAUCAUUAUAUCAUGACGAGAGCCAUUAUUUGCUACUCUUUCUUGAAUAGGAUUGAUUGUAGUUUUUCUGUUUUGGGGUCCUUCAUCAAGCGUGGUUACGCGCCUAAUGUUGUAACCUUUACCACUUUAGUCAGAGGGUUGUUUCGAGCACGUAUGAUUCACGAGGCACUAGAAUUAUUGGAGUGGAUAAUAUGUGUAAAGCUCUGUGAGCCCAAUGGGGUUCUGUAUGGUACCAUAAUAGAUGGUCUGUGUAAGGAGGGAAACACUAGCGCAGCUAUUCAAGUUCUUAGGAUAAUGGAAAAAGGAAAGUGUAAGCCUGAUACUAUUAUGUACAGCACCAUUAUUGACAGCUUGUGCAAACAUAAGAUGGUUAAUAAGGCUCUUACCCUUUUCUCUGAGAUGAUUGAUAAGGGCAUUCUCCCAAAUAUCAUCACUUAUAAUUGUUUGAUUCAUGGUCUAUGUCGAAAUGGUAAAUGGAUGAAGGCUAAAAAGGUGUGGGUUGGUAUGGUUGAUUUUAAUACAUAUCCAGAUGUUCGUACAUUUAAUAUGUUGGUUGAUGCACUUUGUAAGGAUGGAAGAAUUGAUGAUGCUGAGUAUGUGAUUGAUACCAUGAUUCAACGAGGUGAGAGUCCUAAUAUAGUCACCUACAGUUCACUGAUGGAUGGCUAUUGUAUGCUGGGCAGGAUUGCUGAUGCGAGAAGAGUUUUUGAUCUGAUGAAUGCUAGAGGAAUGCAUCCUGAUACUCACAGCUAUAGUAUUUUGAUUAAGGGAUAUUUCAAGAUAAUGAAAGUGGAUGAGGCUAUGCAGCUCUUUCGGGAGAUUAAAUCUAAAGGUUUAAAACCUAACAUUGUCACUUACACAACUAUCUUACAGGGCUUGUUUAGGAUGGGAGAGUUGGCUACAGCAAAACAUGUUAUCAACAAGAUGAAAGCUACUGCCCUGAUUCCUGAUUUUCACGCUUACUGUGUCAUAUUGGAUGGCUUGUCAAAAAAUGGACAUAUCAAUGAAGCAUUGCAAUUACUGGAGAAGAUUGGAAGUGACCGGAUAGGCCUUGAUAUUACCAUGGUAAACAUCAUCAUUAAUGGAUUUUGCAAAAGUGGGAAACUUGAUCUUGCACAAGAUAUUUUUCGAAGUCUUCCUAGUAAAGGACUGCUUCCCAACAUUGUGACUUACACUGUGUUGGUAAAGGGACUUUGUGAAGCAGGAAAGCUGAGGGAAGCUAAGGGGCUUCUUGUGAAAAUGAAAGAAGAUAGCUGUUAUCCAGAUGACCUUGCUUACAAUACCAUUGUCCGUGGAUUUGUUAAAAGGGAUGACUAUGUUGAGCAAAAAUGCAUCUUGAAGAAAUGACUGGGAAAGGUGUAUUUUAUUGUCUGAGAUUCCUUGAAGAGCUCGUUUGCUUGGAAAUGGCCUGAAUGGCUAAAUUGGAAAUUGGAAACUGGAAAGUGGUAAAGGUCUCCAUCAUGAUGUCUUGGCGAACACUAUGAUUAUGCACAUCUUGAGCAGAUGGCUUGUUGUGAAAAUUGAAGAGGAUGGCUGGUUGACAAUAGUCAGUUGUUUCACGUCGCAAGAGUAAGUAAUAGAAGCUAGAAAAUGUCGGAUGACAAAGGUCACACUGAGACAAUUACCUUCUCUUGAGUUUUCGAGCUUUACUGGGCAGUGCUUUAGAUUCUCGAGGUAGAUUUUUCUUUCUGGAGAUUGAGUUCCUGUUGGUGUUCUCCAUACUAAAUUUAUGUCUUUUCAAGAUCUCUGGAAAUUCUCUCGUUUUUCUCUUUCAGGACUUCUUUUUUCCGUAUAAAUUUUAAUAUUUCUUUGGCACUGUAGUGUAGCAUUUAUGGGUUUGGGCAGUUUGAAGUUAUUCUUUUGCUCUAUCAUGUGCAGAUUGUCUGUGAGGCUUAUGCCCGGAUGCCUUUCUUCCUAGGUGGUCUAAUCUAAUGGAGUCAAGUCUAGUAUCUAGUUUAUGGAGCUUGAGAUGGAUUGGAAGUUUUUUAUUACUCUUAACUUUAGCAGGCUAGUUAAGUGGACAUCGAGCUCAAGGUUCGACCUACUUGAGUUUGAGGCUUGGGUAAAGCAGCAGUUGGCAUCUCCUACCUAAUGUUGGUUAGUUACUUUACAUAGCAUCUGAGGAAAACAUUUGAAUAUUGAAAUAAAUAAAACUCAAUGAGCUGGCCAAUAGGAGUACAAAAGUGCUCUAGCUUGACUCAAACUUGACCAAAUUCUAUCUAGUUACACUUUUUGAGCUUUGACGAAGUUGAGAUUCCUUCAACUGAGGUGGUCAUGAUUUGAUUAGGGGAGUAGCUUAAUUAAAUUAGUUCCUUCUGCAAGUGAGCUAUGUUACUUACCGUUGCUAAGCAUUUUGCUGUUGUCACCUUCCAUCUUCCACAUUGGAUAGAAUUGAAUGACUUCCAGUGUUUUUUGGAUUUUAUUAAAGAAUCUCUAAUGUGGAUUAAGUGUUACUCUUCUGAUCCUUGGUCCUGCAUGACUUUGGAAAAAACCAUCUCUAUUGUCUUAUAGAUUUCUGCAAUUGCAUUGGGAUUAAGGUAUUCAUGAAUCAGCGAAUUUGACCAAUGGCUAAACAAUAUCUCUUAGGCUCUGAUGAUAAAGAUUUUCAGAAUCAAAUGGUAACUAGGUAGUUUAUAUCAAAUGGUAACUAGGUAGUUUAUGUGUUUUGGCAGAGUAGAUGCAUAUUUAGGACAUCUGCCUCUUGAAUCAUACUAGUAAAGACUUAAUACUUAACUUCCUUCGUAACAGUGUUCACUUGGAACAGUUCUGGCCGUAAUUGCUUUCCUUACAUAAAUUGCUUAUGAGUUCUAUCCACAAUUCCAGUUUUGAUCCUGAAGCAUAGUAGAAGUAUAGGUUAAGUACAUAACUGUAACUUUGACCUGUUUUUGUAUAAGUCUUAUGUUGGAUUUAUGACGAGUAGUGAAGGAUACUCUUGAGAAAAGGAAAUUGCCUUGACAUGCUUUCUACUUCUUUAUGCACUGAGGCUCAAUGGUGCAAAUUGUCUUCCUGGACCUGCUUCUACCACUUAAAAAAUGAUGUGUAGUAACUGAUGGACGCUAAAAUUGUGUAUGGCCUCUAAAUGUUUUUAUGCAGACGUAGCUGAUAUUCAAUUAAUGUGUCCUUUUUCUUGUACAUUUUCUAUUUUAAUUAAUGCAUGAAGGACAAUUGCUUCCUUUAUUCCACCCACACUUUUCUAGCGGAAGAUUUCUUCCUAGGUACCUGAGGAAUAUAAGAGGCUUCCUUUAGUAGGUAAGAAAUGGAUCAACUGAGAUGAUAGAGAUUGAAGAAAAAUUUUGCUAUACUCUCUAGUUGGGGUUUUACUAAAAAGGAAAGAAUAAAAUGUUUAACGGACGUGACUAAUGAUCUGUACUUUCCUCAAGGAUGACAAAUAAAUGGUAAAAUUGAAAAUUUGUGGACAAAGAACUACAAAUAUGAAACCAUGAAAGUUUGUAUAUGAGUUGAAAUGCUAGGAAAAUCAUGUUUUGUGGAAUUUUGUUAGUUGCUCUAACUCAGAUAAAAGGCUUUUUGGUUAUUGUGAAUUAUAAUCAAAAGGCCAUGCUUGCUUCUGUAUUAUAUGAUUUAAGAACUUAUGUAUCACACAUGCUUCAGUAAGUGGGAAUACUGUUAAUUCUGUCAGCAUGAUACUGAUUUUAGCUUUGAAGACCCUAGAGCAAUUAAUCACAGUUUAACUUUUCAUAUGGUUUAUGAAAGGCCAUUUGAUAUAUGUACUUGCUCGAAGUUGCUGUAUUGACAAUAUCAAGACAAGAUCCUAUUUUCCAUGUUCAUUUUGAAUUUGUCACCCUAGUGAGUCAAGCAAGACUUGCUCUUUAAUCUGGUUUCUACCUGUUCAUAGUUUAUAUCUGACUGAACUGGUGGAUUUAUUCAUCAAUGAAAAGUGAAAAUGUGUGCAGAUGCAUAUGUCAAUUUUGCUAAUGGAUGUGUUUUGGUUUUAAAUUUGCUCUUCUUUCAGACCACCUCUUCACCUUUGGCAUAUGAGUUGAUUUUGCUUUCAGUGUCCUUUGUUGUCACACAUUCUGCUUAUGGAUGGCAUUGGCUAUUGAAGCAGUAUUUAUCUUGUACAGCUGUCCUUGCUCAUAAUUGUUUCCUGGAACAUGUAUGCUUUCGACACCUUCCUUCAGUUAACCCGGUAAAAAUUUCUAUCUGCAGUUUUCCCAGCCUGGAAUCCAGAAUCCUCCAUCUGUUGCUUACAAUGUGGGUUUUGUGGUAUUCGUUCCUAGUGAGUAUUGAAAAAUGCCUAGUAGUAGAUAAUAGGAGUUGUUUUGGUUCCUUCAUUUUUGUGUUUGUUUUCAUGCAGUUGUGAGAUGCAUAUGUCUACUUAAAUUCUUUGUAAUUGCUAAUGACUGCAUAUGCAGUCCAUGAUUCACUGCUGCUUGUACAUCUCCAGAAACAGAAUUCAUAUUCUCAACCUAAGUGGAUUACCAGAAAGAUCAAUCAAUUCAACAUCCAAUUUUUGGCCAGUCAAACAGAUCGUAUACAUUCUUCCUAAUGUUGUCUGUGGGUUUGUUUUACCCAUGGCUUCACAAGUUGUAGCCCGACAUGUCAAUGUCUUGAAUGCAAGUAAGAUAUACAACUAAAGAUGGACAAAGGUGUUUGUGUGUGAGGGAGAGACAGAGAAGUAAGAUGACGAGUAUCUUCUAGCUAUCGUGCUUCUGGGUGAAACAAAAUAGCGAGGACUAGCGAGAUACAAGAUGAUAGCUGUGUAUAGUUCAUGCUAGUCUGUCCAUUGAGGUCAUCAUAAACACCAUAUAAAAUAGAAUUUGAUGCCUGAAAUUUCCUGAAUUUGCUUAUAUACUUCCUUAUGCCUUUAAUUAUCCAAACACUGAACCAUAAUCAUGUAGCUGAACCAAAAAGGAUAAGUGGCACCCAUGGCAACAAUACUGGUUUGCUAGUCUAUUGUGACUGUCUGGUUGGCAUUUUCUUAUCUGCAAUGGGAGUGAAUGUGGUAGUGUUAUUAUGGCAGAAAGAAUCACCAUUUGAACAUGUUCACUGACUGAAAUUCUAACUUGGAAAUAAAGUUUGGAGUGCAACUUUUUUUUGGCUUGUGCAAUAUCUAACUGCCUUUGAAGAUUCUUUAUCGAAUGUACUUCUGUUUCGUAGAUGGAAGAAGGAAUUGAAAUUGCCUUUGCUUUGAGUUUGAGUACAAGAAGAGCAACUAUAAUGCUAAACAUCUGACUAGGAAUCACUUUGGUUGUGUUUGGGGUAUCAAACUCUCAUACUGGCAGGUUUGAUUUUUGCAUCUUGUUUAUUUAUGUCAUUAAGAAUUGGAAAAGAUUAAUCUGUCUAUUUGGUCUUACAGUCUUGGGUCAAGUGAUGAAGGUCGUGAUUGACGAACUAAAUUUUUGUUAGCGAAAGUUGGUGUCUAUAGUCGGAUAUGUUGAAACUUUACACCUUGGACGUAUUAUCUUCUUGUAUGAUCAUUUUUUACUGCUCAUAAUUGUUAUUUGUUACUGCUUAGCUAAUUUGAAAUUCUAAAAUAAUGCACAUCCUGAUUAGAAGUUUUAAACAUACAGGUGAAAUAAUAUUAUUAUCAGAAAAAAGAUAUUAUCUUUAGUAAGAAUCAAGAUAAGAUAUAUGGUUCUGUGAUCCAGACACUGAAAAUGGACUUGCUCAGCUGCCUAUACACCUAUGUUGCGUCGGACUCUUGCAGAGUUCGACUUGAUGGAUGGAAUUUGCUCUCAAAGUUCUAAACCGCUCUUGAUGUUGAAAGGAUACUGAGGUUUUGAUUUUCAAGCAUGUUUGCUUUUGAUUUUAGUCUUUUUGUUUCCUUUCUUCUUACUAUUUCUCCGCUUUAUUAAUUAUUAAAUUUGUAUUAAUUGCUCAGAGUUCUGGUAUAACUGCAGGCUGAUGUAUCUGGAAUGCACUGUUGUUACAGAAGCAGUACUCAUUUUAUUAUGCAGGCUCUGAUAUGGCCAUCAUAAACGAGUUUAAUCUAUAGAUACAAUUUAGAGAGUUGUAUAGAAGCAACUGAUGCCUUUUGAAGUGCACAAAUUGGUUUUUGAAACUUAAUGAAAUCAUGGUGUUUUCACAACCUGGAGGUCCUUAACACUGAUGCAAAAUUUUUCAGAUUGUUCCUUCAACACAUCAACAGCAUGGAUUUCAUCAGAGUAAUGAUCGGCAUCCAAUGCAACUUCCACAGCAACCUCCCUGCAGACAAGGUUUUGGUACUUGUUGAUGAGACUAAAAUACAGCUAUUAAUUUUCAAGCAAUACUUACCUGUAAAUGGUUGUCUUAGCUAAGAAACCAUGCGAUUGAUGUAAAAAUUUGCUGUAUUAUCUUAGUACAUCAGUUUUUACCA